GGCCGCACCAUGCUGCCCAUCCGCUGGAUGCCGCCCGAGAGCAUCCUCUACCGCAAGUUCACUACCGAGAGCGACGUGUGGAGCUUCGGCGUGGUGCUCUGGGAGAUCUUCACCUAUGGCAAGCAGCCCUGGUACCAGCUCUCCAACACCGAGGCGAUUGAGUGCAUCACGCAGGGCCGUGAGCUGGAGCGGCCACGUGCCUGCCCACUUGAGGUCUACGCCAUUAUGCGGGGCUGCUGGCAGCGGGAGCCCCAGCAACGCCACAGCAUCAAGGACGUGCACGCCCGGCUGCAAGCCCUGGCCCAGGCGCCUCCCGUCUACCUGGAUGUCCUGGGCUAGGGGCCCGCCCAGGAGCUGGGGGUGGGGAGCUGGGAUGCUGGGACCUUCCCUCAGCAACUCCUAUAGCUCCCAGCACCCCCAGGGUGAUCACAAA